AUGUCUUCAAUAAUGUCUAUUUCAAAUCCAUUCUUUGACUAUUCAACAACAACAUCAACAGCAAAUUCUUCCCAAAUUCCCCCUUUCCUUACCCCUCCACUUAGACGUGCAGCUGCUUUAAAUGAUGAAAAUAAAUUAAAAAAAGAAAAUUUAAAUUGUAGCAAUACAACUUUAAAACAAGAAAAUGAAGCCUUUGAAGGCCCUUGUUGUGUUGAAAAUCCGUUUAGUCAAGAUGAUGGGGGAGGAAAUGGAGGAGGACUUUUUGAUAGGUGA